ACACAAAUACGUACAUUUGAUUAUUAGUUUUCUUUCAUAUGUAUGUAUAGAGCAUCAACUUUUGUUUUUUAUAUUAGUAUUUAUUACAACUAUAGUAUGAUGGAUGGAAUGAUUAUAAACUUGCUCCCGUACAGUAUACUUGUGCUAUAAAGAAGCUGGGCUUUAAUUAACGACGGGUUUUCCGGCGAGUCCCAAGAUUCCUUCCCCUUCCGCACCGCCUUGAUCCCGGUUGCUCCGCCGGUUCUGGGUACGGCCCGCCAUCUCUCCUCCCCCCACGUGGGCUACACCUUUUCCAUUUUCAGUAAGUUCUUGCGGUACUCUCAGUUUCAAGAAUUUUCCGGACGUGGUACCUGUACGGUCACCUACAGCGUUUGAUGGGCCAGCUCAUUUUUGCCAAUUGGGUGGUGGGUUCUGAGAACAAACACGUGUUUUGGGACUGGACGCUGUCGGCUCUUGGAGAUUUUGAGGUUUGCUUGAAACGAAGAGAGUAAAGGGCGUUUUCUUGAAUGUGAAACGGGAUAUUGUUCAGACCUGGAGAAUAUGCCCGAGAUGGAGGGAAAAUGUUUUAAUGGUUUUCAUGGUGAAGUUUGGAGAAUGGUGGUUCAGUUUAAUUCAGUAUUUUUGUUGAGUUUAGAUGAUUGAGUAUGCGUUUGUAAGAGAAGAUAGCUUUUGGGUUGUUUGAUGUCAUUGCAAAGGAAUCUGUUGCUGAAAAGUUUAGAGCUUUAACUUAGUUAAUUAGCUUUAUUUUGAUUUGUUCAAAGGUGAAGUAUUUCUUGAGUGGAGAAAAACUUGGUGGAUGUGAUUCUGAGGGAAGAUAUUUGAGUUGAAUUGAAGAGUGUAUAGGUGAAUUUUGCAGCAAUGAAGAUGCCAUCUAAUGGAUUUUUGGCAAAUUCAGGAGAAGGUGUAAAAAAAAGUGAUAAAUUCUGAGUUAUGGCAUGCUUGCGCUGGCCCAUUGGUUUGUUUGCCUCCGGUUGGAAGUCUUGUUGUCUAUUUCCCUCAAGGUCACAGUGAACAAGUAGCAGCAUCCAUGCAGAAAGAGGCUGAUGGCAUCCCAAGUUAUCCCAAUCUUCCAUCCAAGUUGAUCUGCAUGCUCCACAAUGUCACCUUACAUGCUGAUGGUGAAACUGAUGAGGUCUAUGCUCAAAUGACUCUUCAACCAGUGACCAAGUAUGACCAGGAAGCAUUACUUGUAUCUGAUAUUGGACUUAAGCACAGCAGACAACCUGCUGAGUUUUUCUGCAAAACUCUAACAGCAAGUGACACAAGCACUCAUGGUGGCUUUUCUGUUCCUCGUCGAGCAGCUGAGAAGAUUUUUCCGCCGCUGGAUUUCUCAAUGCAACCUCCUGCUCAGGAACUAGUAGCUAGAGACUUGCAUGACCAAACAUGGACAUUUAGACAUAUUUAUAGAGGUCAACCCAAACGACACCUAUUGACAACAGGGUGGAGUGUAUUUGUGAGCUCUAAAAGACUGGUAGCUGGUGAUGCCGUCCUUUUCAUAAGGGACGAAAAAUCACAGCUGCUCUUGGGUAUACGACGAGCAAAUAGACAGCAGCCUGCACUUUCCUCAUCUGUUAUAUCUAGUGAUAGUAUGCAUAUUGGAAUUCUUGCCGCUGCAGCUCAUGCCGCUGCGAAUAACAGCCCGUUUACCAUAUUCUACAAUCCAAGGGCUAGCCCUUCAGAGUUUGUGAUUCCACUUGCGAAGUAUAAUAAAGCAAUGUACACACAAGUUUCACCCGGCAUGCGAUUUAGAAUGAUGUUUGAGACGGAGGAGUCCGGGGUUCGGAGGUACAUGGGAACAAUUACUGGUGUAAGUGAUUUGGAUCCAGUAAGAUGGAAAAAUUCACAGUGGCGUAAUCUUCAGGUUGGAUGGGAUGAAUCGACAGCGGGGGAACGUCCUAGCCGAGUCUCAAUAUGGGACAUCGAACCUGUUGUCACUCCAUUCUACAUUUGCCCACCUCCUUUUUUCAGACCCAGGUUUCCCAAACAUCCAGGUUUCCCAGAUGACGAUUCCGAUAUGGAGAAUAUGUUUAAGCGAGGCAUGCCCUGGCUAGCGGAUGAUUUUGGCUUAAAAGAUGCUUCAAGCUCAAUAUUUCCUGGCCUGAGUCUAGUCCAGUGGAUGAGUAUGCAACAGAACCAUCAGUUGUCAGCUAAUCAGUCGGGAUUUCUUCCUAACAUGGCUGCUUCAAAUGCUCUGACGGGUAACCUCGGCAAUGAUGAUCAGUCGAAACUUUUGAACUUCCAAUCCCCUGGUUUAGUUGCACCUAAUCUUCAAGUGAACAAGGGAAAUCAUCAAAAUCAACAAGUUGGCCAACUAAUGCAGUCAAAUAUUUCUUGGCCCCAGCAGCAGCAGCAGCAGCUGCAGCAAAUGUUACAGUCUCCUUCAAAUACCCGACAGACGCAGCAGUUGCCGCUGCAGCAAACCCAGCCUCAUCUCCUUCAGCAAACACAACAGCAGCGUUUCCUGCAGCAAACCCACCAGCAUCAGCAACAACAGUCAAUGCUUUUGCCGCCUUCAACGAGCAGCCUAACUGCUGACCAGACGGUGAACCAGAAUUUGCAGCAAACAGCCAUGUACUCUCAAAUUCAGCAGCAACAGAUACUGACAGGAACGGCACAAAUGCAGCAAAAUGAUCUUGUAACCAACAGAACUACGUUUCCCAUGACAUCCGUACCUCAGGACUUGCCCUUCCAGCAACAUGUUGAGCAGCCAUUGCAGAGAUCUCAAGAGCAGCAGAUACAGUUGCAACAAGCUCCAUUGCAGGUGUUGCAGCAAAGCUUAGCCCAGAGGCCUCAAGUGCAGCAAACACCACCACAAAGUCUUCCGGAGCAGCAGCUGCAAAUGCAACUUCUCCAGAAACUGCACCAGCAACAGCAACAGCAACAACUAUUGUCCCCCUUGAAUCCCUUGUUGGAGUCUCAGUUGCCUCAGAAACAGCAAGCUCAACAAGGCCAGCAGACUCAAAACAUGUCUCUGCCUCAACAGUUGAACACAAGCUGCUUUUCUGCAUCUACACUUGUGCAAUCGCCACAAUUUCCUGUCAACCAAUUUCAGGGCCAGCAAAAGAAUCAACUCAUGGGCAGGUCACAUUCUGGCCGUACUGACGGGGAUGCCCCAUCAUGUUCAACAUCACCCUCUAAAAACAAUUUACAGGUUUCACAGCAAAACUUCCUCAAGAACCAGACAGGCCCAGCUACAUUGCUAGAUAGUACGAUUGUUCAUCCUCCUAAUUUAGUACAAGAGAGUAACAGCAAGUUAGAUGUCCGAAUAAAGCAUGAAUUGUCCAGUUCUAAGGCGCCUGAGCAACCUAAAUACAAGACUAAUGCUGCUGAUCACAUGGAUGUCACAUCAUCUGCAACCUCUUAUUGCUUGGAUGCGGGUGGUCUCCAGCAGAAUUUUCCACUGACUGGCUUGGAUAGUGAUGUCCAAUCACAUACCAGAAAUAGUAUUCCUUUCACAGCUGGUAUGGAUGGAUUGGCACCUGAUGCUUUGUUGUCAAGGGGUUAUGAUUCUGGAAAGGAUAUCCAUAACUUACUCUCUAACUACAGUGGCCCCCCAAGGGAUAUCGAGACAGAGUUGUCCUCUGGAAUCAAUUCACAGUCAUUUGGUGUGCCAACAAUGUCUUUUAAACCAGGUUGUUCAAAUGAUGCUGCCAUCAAUGAGACUGCCCCCCUGAAUGGCGGGUUGUGGCCUAACCAGACUCAACGUAUGCGAACAUACACAAAGGUUCAAAAACGUGGUUCUGUAGGGAGAACCAUAGAUGUUACUCGUUACAAGGGGUAUGAUGAGCUCAGGCAUGAUCUUGCCCGUAUGUUUGGCAUCGAAGGGCUACUGGAAGAUCCACAACGGACCGAGUGGAAGCUUGUCUACGUCGACCAUGAAAAUGAUAUAUUACUUGUUGGAGAUGAUCCAUGGGAGGAGUUUGUGACCUGUGUCCAGAGCAUAAAGAUACUUUCCUCUGCCGAGGUACAGCAGAUGAGUUUGGACGGAGAUCUAGGUCAGCUGCCUGUCCCAAACCAAGCUUGCAGUGGAACGGAUAGUGGUAAUGCAUGGAGAGGACACUAUGAUGAUAAUUCAGCUACCUCAUUUAACCGCUGAAGUAUGCAGAGAGUGACCCUCCAUGCAGAAAAGCCAUUUAAGAACUUACGUUCCAUGCUUCCAACCUUCAAAAGUUGGUGGCAUAAAUGUGAACUGCGCACAGAUGACAUAGCACAAAUUGAUCUUUAGCCAAGUCUUUUUUUCUUUCUCUUAUGUCGAUAUGGACCACUUAAUUUUGCUUGAGUGGUCGAGUCUGAGCAAUUUGAGAAAUUCUUGCUCGAAGACCACCGCUGAAUAUAGAUAGCAUUGCUCGUAGCUGGCUAGUUGACUUGUCUGAGAUUUGAGCUACUGCAACAAAAGUGCUUUGUAAAUGAUGACCCUCUUGCCCGAGGAUGAAGUAUAAAGGGCAGAUUGGUGUAAAUUGUACGUCUUUAGGCUAGAUAGGUCUUCCAAAAGCUUCCACAUAUAGGUCUAUAAUGAGCUGAUGUGUUCUUGAAGAUAAAACUUCGGAGAAACAGUGUACAGCUUCUUGAAUUCAGUUGCAGUUUCUAGCUUAUUACAACCUGUUUUCCUGACACCAUAUAGGUGGACUUGAGUUCUUUCAGGGAACAUCAGAUUACAAAGUUGUAUAUUGUGAUCAUCAAGCUGAAUGUGGAAGAACCACAGGAACAACCCUCAUUACCUUCAGAACUGUACCAGUCACAAUAUCCGGAACUGGGCUAUUCUUGUUCCUUAUUCUUCAAUAUGCUUUAAGGGGAAAUUCUAGCUCAUACAAAGAUGGAAAGUGCAGUAUGCUUGCAGUGUAAUUGGUGUAUAGUUCAGGAAAAGUGUCAAUCACAUGGUAAGUGUAACAUUUGGUUUGUGGUUGGGUUGAUUCGACCAAACCUCAAGUGUAUAAUAUAUGUUUUGUAGAUAAUUUGAUUCGACCAA